GGCAGCGACCGGCGGCGUGACCCGGCCCCGGUGCACCCGCCCGCGGCAGCUUGGGAGCGGCGGGGGGGCGAAGGGAGCAACAAGAAAGUUACAGCCGAGUCCGGACCGGCCGCUGGACCCUCUGCCCGCAUUGCACGGGGAGGUGGGCGCGGAGCAGAAGCGGGGUGAGGGGCUUGCAACCUUCCCGGGAUCUGCAGUGCCGGACUGGGGGCGUCCGGAGACGCUGGAAAAGCGCGUUUUCUGCCUUGGAAAAGGAACCAGCUGUUCGAUCCCAAGCGAAACAUCUGGCGUUACCAGCUCCUCAGUGGAUUUCCCUCCCAAAAUAUUAUAUCCAGCUCCUGAUUCUUUCUAUCCCUCCAUCACCCCUUUUCUAGAUCGAUCUAGAUCUUUUCUAGAUCUAUCUAUCCCCAUACACACAGCCCUCUCUCUCUCUCUGUCCCCAUCCCCCCAUCUAUCUAUCCCCAUUCGCCCCAUCCAUCUAUCUGUCCCCAUACACCCCCCUAUCUAUCCACAUCCAUCCUCUCUAUCUAUCUAAUCUCUGCCCCCCCCCCCUUAUUUCUCCAGGAGCAAAUUUCUUUCUCAAAACAAACCCCAGAGCCAAAGGGUUAAACGUCCGGUCUGCAGCCCCCUCGCCCCUACCCCUGGAUGUGACUCGGGAGCUCUUCAGAAAGAAGGGAGGCAAGGACGCCUUAAAAAGUCCUGGGACUCUCAGGACAGCUCAGAUGCUGAGAGGAAGAGGAGGUCUUCUGAAGAAGUAAAGCAGGGAGCUUCCACCUCAAAGGAAGGAACUAAGGCAGGAUGGGGUCUGUUUAUGGAGGCUGGAUGAGCAGGCUUUGCGUGCCUGGACUGGCCCUGGCUCUGGCCCUGCUGAUGGCCCAGCUCUGCCAAGGCAGCAGGAAGGUCCCUCAGCGGACGUCUCGGCAGGUGCCCGAGGAGGAUGAAGCUGGCAACCAAGUGGCGGGUGCCUGGAGCAGCUGGGGCCCAUGGUCAUCCUGCUCCCAGCCCUGUGGGGUGGGGGUCUUGGAAAGGGUCCGCACCUGCCUGCCUCCCUAUCAGCGAGCCCCCUGGGGGGGCCCUCAUGGCCCACACACGUAUGCCCAGCCCCUGUACCCAGAGGAACGGCCCAAUCCUUACCCGCCCAGGCCGUCCUACCCCCUUCACACUGAUGGGGAGUCGAGGGCGCCUCUUUCCCCACCGGGGCCUGCCCUCCCCCUCCACCGUGGCUCUGCCCGCCCCCUCCACAGCGGGUCUGCCCUCCCCCUCCACAGCAGCCCCAGCCACACCCGGGCGGCCCCCCCUCCUGCCCGCUAUGGGCCCCAGAACAGGUACAUCCGCCACGAGUCCUUCCCCUCCGAGCAGCUGCCUUUGUCCCCGCUGCGGGAUGCCUCCUCCCCGCACUCCAGCCGCAGGAGGGACCCCGCCCUCGCCCCCGGUGCCCCAAGGCAGGAAGAGGACCCGUCUGGCAAAGCAGGAGCCUCCAGCCGCGGCCUGACCCACUCUUCGCGUCGGCUGCGCCACCCGGAUGCCCCUGCCACCUCCAGCCCAGAAAGGCCCUUCAGACGCAGCAGCUCGGCACCGGCACAGCUGCCUGCCCAGGGCUCACUCCCCCUCUUCAAACCUGAGCGGCGGGGCAGCCACGAGGCGGGCGGUGCAGCCCGCAGCUCCCGACACGGUGCCCUCGGGUCCAAGUGGGUGGUGUCCCCGACGCAGGAGUCCCGUGCCACCAGGAGGUCUCGAAUUCGAGAGUCGAUCAAACCGGGGAAAUAUGGCUACGGGAAGGUGCCCUUUGCACUGCCCCUGCACAAGGAGGUGGCAGAGGGGGGCACGCCACGGUUCAAGAGACACCCAGGGCCCUCGAGCGACCAGCCACCGCCGCCCACCAAGACUCCCAAGCGCAAGGCCAAGGAAGCCCCCAGCCGGGAGAAGGAGCCGCUGGCCAAGGGCGAGCACCAUCUGCAGCACAAGCAGAGGAAGGCCGUGCUGGCGGAGGACUCCAUGCAGCCCUGGCUCCAGGCUGGAGCACUGGCAGAGAACAGGUCAGAGCUGGCAGGGCAUAGGGCGAGGCCCAGAAGUGGGGGAGAUGGGCCCGCUCCACACCGCCAACCCCACACGGCCGAGCAGGGCAGCGCUGGGCCACUGGCCGAGGCCACGGCCAAGCCCCACACAGGCUCCUCGGAGGACAAGGCGAGUCCUGGAGAGAAUCGGGAGCCAGCAGCAGCACCCCCAGAGCCACAAGAGACCCGGCAUCGCACCGCGGAGGGAACUCCCCAGCCGGGCCCCUCUCCCACGGAGCAGCCAUCCCUGUUUGUUGGCUGGGCUCUGGCGGGCACUGUAGGGCCCGGCGGGGGAGAGCCAACGGCUCUGGAGGAGACGGGUUUGCAGGAGUCGCGCCCGAAGGCAGGAGCAGAGGCACCCCUCAAGCGAGGAGAUGGAGACGGGCCCGGGGACAGCACAGGGGGCACCCAGCAGCCUUCCCGCCCUGGCAUCCCCGUGGGAGAGAGGGCCCCGAGCAGCGGCCGCGCCCCUCGGCCACGGGGGGAGCUGCGCCUCACACACGAGGGGCUGAAGAACCACAGCUCCGCCUUGGAGGCGCAGCUGGUGCCCAAGGGACGCGGGGCAGGGGGUGGCCACAAGGAGGCACCAGAACUCAACCACCCCCAUUCACACUCCCACCGUCGGGCCACAGGAGCACCAAAGCCCAGGCCUGAGGCCACCCACCUGACCCAGCCAGAGGGAGCAGGCCCUGUCGACCCCCCCGCACACUCCCAUCCCCACCAGCUGGCCAGGCCCCGUGCUCAGAGACAGAAUGAGUACCGCCCCGGCGGCUACGGCACCCGGACCUCCCAGAGCCUCUUCUUGGAACAGCCCUCGCGUCACCGGCUGGCAGAACCGGACAUCUGGCUUCUCCACCGCGGCAGCCCCGUGCAGUUCCAGGCCAGAGGACAAAGGCCCAGGCUCGGCCUGCACCCGGGCCCUGAGGUGCCCCAGUGGAAUCUCUACCACCCCGGCACAGAGACCUUCCACUGCGAGGGGGAGAGCAAGCAGUUCAAAGCCUGCAGGCAGGAGCCGUGCCCAACCGACCAGCCCGACGCCCGAGCCGUGCAGUGCGCUGCCUUCAACACCCAGGAGUUCAUGGGCCGCCUCUACCAGUGGGAGCCCUUCACGGACGUGCGGGGCUCCCAGCGCUGCGAGCUGAACUGCCGCCCGGUGGGGUUCCGGUUCUACGUCCGGCACACGGAGAAGGUGCGGGACGGCACACCGUGCGAGGCCGCCUCCCUCGACAUCUGCGUGGCUGGAGAGUGCUUGAGCCCCGGCUGCGAUGGGGUCCUGGGGUCCAACCGGACGCUGGACAGCUGCGGGGUGUGCGGGGGCGACCACUCCACCUGCAAGCUGGUGGUGGGCAACUUCAGCGACUCCAACGUGCCCAUCGGCUACCACAAAAUCCUCCAGAUCCCCCAGGGCGCCACCAGGAUCAACGUGACUGAGAUGACCCAGAGCCCAAACUACCUGGCCUUGAGGAGUCGCUCUGGGAAGUCGCUCAUCAAUGGGAACUGGGCAGUGGAUCCCCCCGGGCGCUACGAGGCAGGCGGCACCGUUUUCAUCUACACCCGACCGGGCCACGAGGAGCCCCGUGGGGGCGGAGAGUCGCUGACAGCCGAGGGGCCCACCACAGAACCCAUUGAUGUGUAUAUGAUCUUCCAGCAGGACAACCCCGGCGUUGCCUACCGCUUCUUCCUGGCGCGGGCCAGACCAGACAGCCCCGCCCGUGACCCUCCCAGCCACCGGCAGGGCAUCAGUGCCCUGACCAUAUUAUCACCAAGCGACCAGCUGGUGCCACCCACCUCUUACGAUCACCCCCUGGGGACCCGGCACCGGGGGCCAGCACCAGCCAGCCAGUCGAGCAGGACCCCCGGGACACUGCAGCGCAACGUCCGCGUCCCACCACUGCCGCCCCCACCCGUCCCGCCCCGGUCCCAGGCACAUGGCGUCUAUUGGAAACGGGUGGGGAGCACAGACUGCUCUGCCUCCUGCGGGAAAGGGCUCUGGCAGCCCGUGUUCCGCUGCGCCGCCCGACACUCGCAGGAGGAGGUUGAGGAGGAGCAAUGUGCUGAUGCCCCAAAACCGCCGGCGCCGGACGAAGCCUGCAACACCCAGCCCUGCCCGGCCUACUGGGACAUGGGCGAGUGGUCGGCCUGUAGCAAGUCCUGCGGGCCGGGCACCCAGCACCGCCAGGUCCUGUGCCGCCAGACCUACGCCAACCGCAGCACCAUGGUGCACCCGCAGCACUGCGGCCAGCUGGACAAGCCCAGCCCCACACAGCCCUGCCAGCUCCGCGUCUGCAGCCACUGGGAGGUGCGCACCAAUUGGAGCGCGUGCUCGGUUCUGUGUGGCCUGGGCCACCGGACCCGCCACAUCCGCUGCAUCAGUAACCAUGGCGACCUGCUGAGUGACGGCGAGUGCAACGGUAGCCACCGGCCCCCGGCCAACGAGGCCUGCGACAUGGGGCCCUGUGUGCGCAGCUGGUUCCACAGCGACUGGAGCAACACGUGUUCGGUGGAGUGUGGGACGGGGAUCCAGCGCCGCUCGGUGGUCUGUCUGUCCAGCUACGCCAACGGGCAGGUGGAGGAGACCUGCGCGGGCACCAAGCCGGCCGACAUGCGGGCCUGCAACAGCGGGCCCUGCCACCGCACCGUCAAGUGGUACACUGGGCCUUGGAGCGAGUGCUCGGCGGACUGUGGUACUGGCACCCAGCGGCGGGAUGUGAUCUGUGUCAGCAAGCUGGGCUCGGAGUUCAACGUGACGGAGGCAUCGGAGUGUGCUCCCCUGGAGAAGCCGCCCUCUCUGCAGCCCUGCACCGGCAGUGCCUGUGACGCUCGCUGGUUCUCCACCUCCUGGAGCGCGUGUUCCAAGUCAUGUGUAGGGGGAGUCCAGGUGAGGGAGGUGCAGUGCCUGACCCAGAACAAAACCUUCAGCAAUCUUUGCCAGCCGGACCUCAAGCCCAUCAAGAAACGCUCGUGCAAUACCCAGCCCUGCACCCCCGACCUUGGCGAGAACUGCAGGGACAAGUACCACAACUGCCCCGUGGUGGUGCAGGCCCGGCUCUGCGUCUAUUCAUACUACAAGCUGGUGUGCUGCGCCUCCUGCACGAGGGCCGUGGAGCGGAGCAAGGACAUGCAGAGCCGAUAGCGGCGCCGGC